CCCAAACCCCCGAUCCGGAUCCCCCAAAAAACCAUGGAAGAGAAGCGCGGCGACGCCGGAACUCAGCCGCUGGCUAACGCCGACUCUCCGUCCACUACCGAGCCCACUUCAUCCCGACGCCGCGCCGGAGGCCAAAAGCGAAAGGCCAGCAGCCUCGGCGGCUCGGCCUCUUCAUCAACGCCGUCGAAGCGCAUGACUCGCGAGAAGGCUUCACUCUCUCACCUCCCGAUCCACAACGGCCCACUGACGAGGGCCCGCCAGGGGCCUAGUAGCCACUCCUCGGCCUCAGCCGCGGCGGCGAAGCCGGCUGCUCAAACGAAGCGGCCGGAGCCGUCGACUGUGGAGGCGGAGCAAGCGAAAAGGGAGGAGGAGUUGGAGGCUUUGGAGGCGGCUAUGGAAGCUGAGUUUGAAGCUAUAAGAUCUCGUGAUGCCAAUGCUCAUGUGGUUCCCAGUCACUGUGGUUGGUUCUCGUGGACAAAGGUUCACUCCAUUGAGGAGCGUAUGUUGCCGUCAUUCUUUGAUGGGAAGUCUGAUACUAGAACUCUGGAGACAUACUUGGAGAUACGCAAUUGUAUUAUAAAAAAAUUCCGUGAGGAUCCGGGGACAUUGGUUGAACUGAAGGAUAUGUUGGAGCUUAAAGUCGGAGACUUUGAUUCGAGGCAAGAAGUGAUGGAAUUUUUGGAUCAUUGGGGUUUGAUAAACUUUCACCCUUUCCCACCAACGGGUUCUAGUGUUGCAAAUGUCAACAGUGAUGAGGUGACAGAGAGGGAUUCUUUGGUAGAUAAGUUGUAUCACUUUGAAGCACUAGAGUCACGAUCAUCACUAGUACCUAAGACUAACUUGACAACUCCGACUGUGGCAUCUGGGCUGUUCCCAGAGUCUAUAAUUGCUGAAGAGAUGGUGAGGCCUGAGGGGCCAGCUGUGGAGUACCAUUGCAACUCUUGUUCGGCUGAUUGCUCGCGCAAACGCUACCAUUGCCAGAAGCAGGCGGAUUUUGACCUGUGUUCUGAGUGCUUUAACAAUGGGAAAUUCGACUCGGGUAUGUCUUCAUCAGAUUUUAUUCUUAUGGAGCCUGCUGAGGCUCCUGGGGUAAGUGGUGGAAAUUGGACAGAUCAGGAGACCCUCCUUCUGCUUGAAGCAUUAGAAUUAUAUAAAGAAAACUGGAAUGAGAUUGCUGAACAUGUUGCUACAAAAACAAAAGCUCAGUGUAUUUUGCACUUUGUUCAAAUGCCAAUUGAGGAUACCUUUCUAGAUCAUGAUGAUGAUCUUGUUGCCAGUGCCAAAGAAACUGCAGAUCCAACUUCAACUAACGAUGAAUCAUUGCCCUCCAAAGAUGCCCCUGAAACAAUAGAGAAUAAGACAAGUGCUGAUGCGAGUGACCCUCAAGAUUCCCCGAUGGAAAUUCCCAAAGAAGAAGCAAGUGAGGUGAAAGAUGGGGAGGAUACUUCAAAGCCAGAAGAUGAAACUGGAGUCAAAGUUGAUCAGGAAACCCCGAAGUUGGAAGACAGUCAAGACACUGAUGAUUUGAAACUUGAUGAGGAAACAGACGAGAACCUUGCAUUGAAGGCUCUUAAAGAAGCCUUUGAAGUUGUUGGUUAUCCUCAAACACCUGAAUGUCAACUCUCAUUUGCAGAUGUGGGAAACCCUGCCAUGGCAUUGGCAGCAUUCUUGGCACGGUUGGUGGGACCUGAAAAUGCUAUUGCUUCAGCACAUAAUUCUUUAAAAUCCAUAUCUGCAGAUUCUCCUGGCAUCGAGCUGGCUUCUAGGCACUGCUUUCUUUUGGAAGAUCCCCCAAAUGAAAGAAAGGAACAAGCUGGUCGUGAUAGUGUUUCUGUUGAAAGAGAAGCUCUGAGUGACAAAGUAGAUGAAGAAAAUAGUCAUAAAGAGGAUAACUCCACCUCAGUUUUGGAAGAUAAAGGUGUAUCAAAUGAUAAUAAUGACAAGAAACUAGAAGAAGUUACUCCUGAAGAAAAGUCGCAGUCUGCAAAAGAACAAGAUGACAAGGUCGCUCCUGAGGAAGUCGGGACUGAUAAACUAAACAAAUCAAACAACUCAAAGUUAUCAAAUGAUCCAUCACCUACUUUGGAGGAGUCAGAUGGUUCAAAAGUUGAAGCACCACCAAGUUCGGUAAAGGAUUCGGGAGAGGGAACUUCAGUAGGAAAUCAUUCUGAAACCACAGAAACACUGAUGGAUGUGGAUAUGUCCGACUCCAUUCCCUCAACAAAGACAAAGCCUCAGCAAGGAGUUGCAUCAAGUUCAGCUGAGCAACCUUCGCAAUCUACAGAGACAUCAAAAGAAGUGGAUGAUUCUAAUAUUCUGGCUUCAGAAAGAGAUGAAGCCCCACCACAAGUUACUAUUGAAUCAGAAGCACCCCCUCAACCUACAGAUACAUCAAAGGAUGUAGAUAUGGUGUGUGAUACUCAACCCGCACAAGAUAAUGAGCUUCCCCAACCAGUUGAAAACACUACAAGUGAGGAUCGAGCUGAUGAUAGUAAACAUGAGAAACAUGGCUGUACAGACUUGAAAAAUGAUAAAAAGCAAGAGACAAAAGGCGAACAGAAAAUAGAUAAAAUAAAGCAAGCUGCAGUUUCUGCAGUCUCAGCAGCUGCUGUAAAGGCAAAACUUCUAGCAGAACAGGAAGAAGAUCAAAUCCGUCAGCUUGCAGCCAUGUUGAUAGAGAAGCAGUUGCAUAAGUUAGAAGCCAAGUUGGGUUUCUUUAAUGAGAUGGAAAGUGUUGUGAUGAGGGUGAAAGAGCAAUUAGACAGGUCAAGACAGAAGCUCUACCAUGAGCGGGCACAGAUAAUUGCUGCCCGACUUGGCUUACCAGGUUCCUCUUCUAGAGGAAUGCCAUCUGCAAUGCCUGCCAAUAGAAUGGCCAUGAAUGCUACAAACUCAGUUCCAAGGCCCCCACUUAUGAUGGCCUCACAGAGACCACCCAUGUUGAGACCCAUGGGCGCAGUGCCUCCAACCCCUUUAAACCAAUUUUCGGGCUCCAAUUUGUCGGGAAGUCCAAUUCGGCCUCCCAAUCGGGACAGGCUGGACAGCCUUUCUUCUAUUGGGUCAAAGUAAUUGUCACAAGAAAACAUGUGAAUAAAUGUUGAUCUUUUCUUAUGCAGCAGUCAUCAAUCAUCCCUUUUACCAUGCAAGGUGACAAAGUCUGGUAGAUCUUGGUUGCUAUAUAUGGAGUUCUAAUUUUUGUGGCAACAGAAUGUAACCUGUCAAUUGCAGAUGUUACAACUGAUGAAACCAGACACAAGGGUGUAUCGGAGAUAUUAUGUAUGCACUCUAUUGUCUUGCUGCAAGGCAAUGUCAUGAAUAUUUGGUUGGGUGAUGAUCUGGGAAGCGGCCUAUAUAUAAACUUUAUUUGUGGCGUUCAGAAGGUAAUCCGUCUAAUUCAAUGACCAAUGAUAACCUUGCAUUAUGAAGAUUGAUGCCAAGACAGACGGCAACUCUACAGAAUGACCCUUUUAUGCUUCAACUUGAAGCAGUGUUUUCAGGUCAAUGUCCGCUUGAAUUUGGCUGCUGUAAGUUUUCAUGAGCUGAGAUUAACUCAGGUUGUCUCAUACUUGAUCGUGUAAGAUGUACUGUAUUGUACUGUACCUCAGCAGAUUAGAGAAUCAUGUUAGUGUAUGGGAUGGCAUAAACUCUAAAAUUAGUUUGAGUUGAUUUAGCUAAUCUUUACUAUGGUUUAUCGAAGAUUUGUGACAAUUACUCUU